GUUUUCCAACACUAAACCUGCGAGUUUUCUGAGCGUGGUGGCGAAUUUAAUAAACAAUUUCGAUUUGGUUGUAAUUUAACGAAUAUAACUAUAAAAAAUGAAUGCGCCACCCACCUUUGAGUCAUUCCUGCUCUAUGAAGGCGAGAAAAAAAUCAUCAAGGAGCUGGACACCAAGGUCACAAAUGCGGCUAUAUUUACGAUAAACAAAGAGGAUCACACCCUGGGAAACAUGAUCCGCAACCAACUGCUGAAGGACCCCAAUGUUCUGUUCGCCGGCUACAAAGUUCCCCAUCCCCUAGAGCACAAGUUCGUUAUCCGUAUUCAGACUACGGCGGACUACUCCCCGCAAGAAGCCUUCAUGAAUGCCAUAACCGAUCUUCUAGCGGAAUUAUCCCUUUUCGAAGAGAGAUUCAAAGAUGCUAUUAAGGAGAAAAAGGAGGGCGGAGAUUAGUUUUACUUGUACCCAAUAUACCCAAUAAAUUUCUUCGGUUUUCUUCCAAA